UCCUCUCUGGAGUCUCUCUGUUUCUGACGACAUCGGCAGCAGCAGCAGCGCGCGGGUCAGGGUGCUGUAGCGGAGCUGCACUGUGGGGUCUUCUCUACAGUAACAGUAUAGACCUGUAUCUGCAGCUGUAGAGGAAUACAGGGUUAUGGAGGAGCAGGAGCAGGAGGAGUGGGAGGAGGAGGAGCAGCUGGUGGUGGCGGAGCUGUCGGGGGUGAUAGACUCGGAGGCGCUGAGGAGGUGGGACGGCUGGUGUAAGGUGGUGGGGCUGGACUCUGAGCAGCCCGUGCUGCAGCUCGGUCGCUAUGUGUUCGCUGGAGAAUAUGAGGACGCUGUGGGGACCUGCGUCAUCUUCCAGGAGGAGGCGAACGCGCGCGAGGAUCCCGCCUCCACACCUGCACUCAGGUAUAUGUGCCACACGGCUAAGAAGCUCAUGCUCCAGAGAACAUUUCUCUCUGAAACAAAAGAAGGGGAGGCCAGGUCUCAGGGCAUUGAGCUUCUGUCUCUAAAUGAAGGAGAUGUGUGCGGAAGAUCCGGCAUGGUGUGUCAUUAUACACUCGACCCAAAGGAACUGGAGAGGGUGAAGGCUGAGGCAGAGGACCAAGGCCCUGGAGUCAGUGACGAAUCAGACACUGAAACAGCAGCAACAGAGCACAGUAUGCUGGACGUGACGGAAUCAACUGAAAACGCUGAGCAAGGAGCCGAAUCAACCAUUGCAGAGUCUGAACAGGAAAACUACUGAUUGCUAUAAUGUCCAAUAAUGUUAAGAACAUUUGUUCACAUCAGUGAACAUACGUGCUGCCUUAUUACUAGGCCAUUAGAAAUAUAUUUUUAUACAGGUUUUAUACAAAAGUUUUGUCAUGUAGAGUUUAGCAUAAUAAAAAGUUUGUAAAGCUAA